AUGAUUUCAUGCCUCAUUCGACCAUUGGUUAAAGAUAAUCCAACGGAAACAUUAAAAUAUUUCUUGCCUAAAACGUGUGAAUCCAUCGAAAAAAUAUUGAACAAUUCAGAAUCAACUGUAAUAUUAAAUGAUGAGAAAGGUGAUAUGGAACUAAUUUGGUAUUUAAUUCUCUUUGCGGAACUUGUUGGUGCUCGUGAUGAUACAUUACUUAUCUACAAACAAAUGAUUAUGUUUGUCUUUCAUGAAUGUAUUCAUAUCAUUAACAAGAACUCAUACGAAGCUAUUGCUAACGCUGCUAAAUAUUUACUCGAGUCCUUCUCUCAUACAUAUCCAAUCGAUUAUCGACUUACGGUUGAAAACAUUGAUGAGUCGUUCAUGAAAUCUUUACCUAUUCGUGCAUGGAGACAAUAUGUCGAUUUUGAUAAACUUCAAGUUCAAUUUCACAUUCCUAAUGUCGAUGAAAUUAAUUUUGCUUGUGAAUUUGUCGAUACAUUCAUCUAUCCUGAAUUGAUUUUAUUGAAUGAAAAAGGGCAAAAUAUUCGUUCAUUGACGAUUCAGAAAAUGGCACAUCAAAUUAAAAAAUUAGAACUGAAUAAUUUCGAAACAUUUUGUGAUAUUGACAAACAAGUUGAACACAAAUUGUUCGAACUACCGAUUGAUCAAUAUAGUGAAGUACGGUGCAAAGCACAAUGCGAACUCUUCUGUAUGCUCAACCAUUAUGAAUACUCAUUUCAAGUGAUUGUUGAUCGUAUUGUUAAAUUGCUUAAUACACUAGGCGAAGGCAAUCAUGAUCAAAUCAAAGGUCUCUUUCGCAAUUUUGGUCUUGCAUUUCUCGAUAAUUUCAUGGAACAACUCUAUGUUCUUAUUGGUGAAAACAUAAAAGACAAAGAAAAAGGUAGUCAUCGACUAACAGCUGAAAUAGUAGCUGGAAUGAUUCGUGGAUCAAAAUAUUGGACAUUAGAUAUGCUUGACGAACUUUGGAAAAAACUUGAACCAUUUCUUAUGGAAGAGAAUAUUGAUCCUCGCCGAAUGUAUCGAUUAAUUGAGUUUAUUCGUACAUUGAUCAAUAAUGAAACAAUGUUAAAUACAUUCAAUGGAAUAUCUCGUUGGUCGCUUAUUGAAAAUUUAACUUAUUUUCAAUGGCGUAUUCCAUCAAUUUUGGGUCAGAUUAAUGAACAUGCUAAAGUAUUUCUUGAUCAUUCAUCUAAAGUAUGUUAUCGAAAUGCCAAUCAAUUUCUCGGUUCUAUAUGUGAUCAAUUGCAUCAAGCCAUUGAAAUUUUGAUUCUUUCAAAUCCAUUUGUUGAAAUUGAUUUUGAAGCCCGUAAAGCAUUGAAUUUCAUAGAAACAGCCAAAGCUCAUUUUUCUGGUCCGGUGAGUGAAUAUACAUUGUUAAUAAAUGUUUAA